AUGAAGGAUGCGGAGGUGCUUCAGGACGGCCGCCGCCCCGCGCGAGGUGAUCUUUUGCUGGACCAGGAAUUCGAGCACGGCUGCUUCAGCAUGCUUGCCCAAGCUGUGAACAGCAGGCGCUCGAAUCCAGUAAUCUUCGAUCGUGUCUCGGCAUCAAAUGGCUUCAAAUCCAACGUUGAACCGUGCUCAUGUUCCAAGCGCCAUGGUCGAAGAUCCAGCGCUGCGUCAAACCAUCGCAGCCGUUCACGUGCGGAGCACCUCCUCGACGAAACGAGUGCGACGUCAGAGCAUCCGUCACUCCAGCGGGGCGUGCAACGCGGUCAAGAAGGCGGUUGA